CAAUGUCUUGGGAUGCUUAUGUGACAAAUUUGACAGCUAAUGGAGCACUUGAAUAUGCUGCCAUUAUUGGAUUAGAUGGAAACAUUUGGGCAAGCAAUUUAGGUGUUGCUGCCCUUCCUUCAUAUCAAGCUGAUGUACCAGAUGAGAAGAAUCCAGAUGUUUCAACCAAGGUUGCUUAUGAUGAAAAGACUGCUUUUGUUCAUGCUCUUACUCACAAUGGAGAAUCAGGAAAUAAAGCUGGAGUUAGAAUCAACAAUCAAAAAUAUUAUUCAGUAUAAUUUGAUGCUGAAUCUAAGACAUGGUAUUUGAAGAAGGUAUUUUUAAAUAUAAUAAUAAAUAGAACAAAGGAGGAGCAUGUGUUGCUUGGGCUAAUACAGUCGCUGUCUUUGCUUCAUUCUCCCAAACCAUUAAUGCAGAAAAUGGAGCACCUUAGAAUGCUAGUGAUUGCAAUAAACGUGUCAUUGACAUGGCAAAGUAUCUUGCUGAUGCUGGAUAUUGAGUU